GCCGGCAGCAUGGCGGAUAACAGAGUGACAGAGUCUCUUCUGCAGAGGCUGCAGGAGGGGAAGAGCGAUGGACUGGACAGCCUGGAGUUGGCUCUGGCCCUGGGGGGUGGAUCACCAGCAGGUGGUGGGGGCUGUGAAGAGCCUGCAGUCCCUGGGAGAGAUUAUUGAGGCAGAGCAGCGAUCCAGCAAGAAAUGGGAGCUGAGCUCGGAGGGGCAAGAGAUUGCUCAGGAGGGCAGCCAGGAAGCCCGGGUGUAUUACAGCAUACCCAAGGGGGGCUUGGCCCAGAGCGAGCUCAUGAAACUGACAAUUGCAAAAAUUGGAUUCAGUAAGGCAAUGUCCAAUCGCUGGAUUCGAUUAGACAAGUCAGCAGAGGGUGGCCCACGGAUCCACAGAGCGGUGGAUUCAGUAGAAGAUACUGUUAAGGAGAAGCUGCAGCUGAUCGAGAAAGGAAAGGCGGACAGUGUAAAUGAGAAGGACAAGAGCGAGCUGAGAAAGAGGAAACUGCUCAAUGAAGUGACAGUUAAAACCUACUGGGUAACGAAGGGAAGUGAGUUCAGCACCAAUAUUACCAAACAAGAAACUGACCUUACUCCAGAAAUGAUUGCCAGUGGCUCCUGGAACGACAAGAAAUUCAAGGCAUACAAUUUCAAUGCAUUGGGCGUGAUGCCAGAAUGUGGUCACCUGCACCCUCUAAUGAAAGUCAGAACGCAAUUCCGACAGAUUUUCCUAGAAAUGGGCUUUACGGAGAUGCCAACCAAUAACUUCAUAGAGAGCUCAUUCUGGAACUUCGAUGCCUUGUUUCAGCCUCAGCAACACCCAGCCAGAGAUCAGCAUGACACCUUCUUCUUACAAGAUCCAGCAAUGGCGUCAGAAUUCCCCAUGGAUUAUCUUGAGCGUGUGAAGAAAGUUCAUUCUGAAGGAGGAUAUGGCUCACAAGGCUAUAAAUAUGACUGGAGUAUCAGUGAGGCCAGGAAGAAUAUCCUGCGGACACAUACGACAGCAGUCAGUGCACGAAUGCUGUACAAACUGGCUCAGCAGGAGGCGUUCACACCAGUGAAAUAUUUCUCCAUUGACCGCGUGUUUAGGAACGAGACGCUAGAUGCCACCCAUCUAGCAGAGUUUCAUCAAAUCGAAGGCGUGGUGGCAGAUUACGGCCUGACACUGGGGGAUCUGAUGGGUGUUCUGAAGGAAUUUUUCAAUAAACUUGGAAUCGCCAAAUUGCGUUUCAAGCCUGCAUAUAAUCCUUACACCGAGCCGAGCAUGGAGGUCUUCAGCUACCAUGAAGGCUUGAAGAAGUGGGUGGAAGUGGGAAACUCUGGAGUUUUUCGGCCAGAGAUGCUGCUGCCUAUGGGGCUUCCUGAAGGAGUGUCUGUCAUUGCAUGGGGUCUGUCACUGGAGAGACCGACGAUGAUCAAGUAUGGCAUUAAUAACAUUCGAGAGCUGGUGGGGCACAAAGUCAAUCUACAGAUGGUCUAUGACAGUCCGAUAUGCCGCUUGGACUCCUAA